CAUUACCCGUAAUGCGAGUUGGCCACUGGACAGCCACCGCGCGUCACUGCAGCUUGAACUUUCAUAAAGUGUUUGUAAAACCUUUUAUCGUCGUAGAAAAGAAGCAGACUGGUGCGGUUGUGUGUGCGUCAGCAGGAGCAUGUCUGAAUAUGGAACAUUCCAGCAUGGCAAGUCUCGUUUCGACCAGAACACAUUUUCUGGACGGUUCAGGCACUUCCUGGAUGUGAUUGACCCCAGCACACUCUUUGUGACAGAGAAACGUCUGCAAGAGUGUGUGGAGCUGCUCGACCGUUUCAAACAAGGAACUCUGCCUCCGGGAGUGACAGAUGCUCAGCUUUGGCAAGCUCAAAAAAUUAAGCAGGCCAUCAUCCACCCUGACACAGGGGAGAAGAUCCUCAUGCCCUUUCGGAUGUCAGGUUUUAUCCCAUUUGGAACCCCAGUGGUCGUUGGUCUCCUUCUCCCAAAUCAAACAUUGCUGUCGACUAUCUUCUGGCAGUCGUUGAACCAGAGUCACAACGCCUGUGUGAACUACUGCAACCGCAACGCCUCCAAGCCUGCUCCAUUUUCCAAAUUCGUCCAGGGAUACCUCGGAGCGGUGACCAGCGCAGUUUCUAUUGCUGUCGGAUUGAACGUGUUAAUCCAGAAAGCCAACCGCCUUAGCCCAACUACCAGGCUUUUGGUGCAGAGGUUCAUCCCCUUCCCAGCAGUGGCGAGUGCAAAUGUCUGCAACGUGGUGCUCAUGAGACACUCUGAGCUGUCGGAGGGCAUCAACGUGCUGGACGACAGUGGGGCCGUGGUGGGAACGUCAAAAGUGGCUGCCAGGCAUGCCCUUUUAGAAACAGCUCUGACCAGGAUUGUCCUCCCUAUGCCCAUUCUGAUGCUCCCUCCCAUUGUCAUGGCUGCACUGGAAAAGCUCCCUCUCUUGCAGAGACGACGGAGGCUUGUCCUGCCCGUCCACAGUCUGGUGUGUCUCGCUGCCUUCGGCCUGGCUCUGCCUCUCGCCAUCAGUCUCUUCCCACAGAUGUCCCAGAUCUGUGUGAAUCAGCUGGAGCCAGAGAUCGCCAUGGCAACAGAUUGUAAGAUUGUGACAUACAACAAAGGCCUGUGAGUGAUCUUCUACUGCCCGACAUGUGAAGAUAGGAGCCUCUGCAGGUUCAACCCCCCCAAAAGCUGCCAGUGAAAGAAUGAUGGUAAACUUGGCUGCGUUAUCCAAUGAGCAUCAAGCAUACGCUUACAGAGAAAAGCAUGUUGUUUACGCCAAGACAACGGUUAUUAAAUAAGCAAUAACACACGGUGACAUACUGUGAUGAGGGAAAAUAACAACACCUCCAAAAGUAAUUUCACUGUGAUAACACGGACACUUAACAAAGAAUGAUGAUCAGAUAACUGUGUUACCUGCUCCAUCGUUAGCUAUGAGCUUGUCUGAUUUCUUUCUCUCUUUUUCACAACAAACAUGCAAUUAACUGGAGAUUAACAAACGCGAGGAAUAAAAUGGGGGGAUUGAGUUAGGAUCAGGACUCUGGAUUGUAUUUGUAACUAUAGUGAAAUGUAACAGUAGUGAACCUUUUUUUGCCCUUGUUUAUAAUUUAAAGAAGGAGUUCCCAACCUUCUCUUUCAACUUUUCUAUUUAUUUAAAGGUCGCAUAGGGUGACACUUAUACCUAUGUUUGUACCAUUUUUGCAUAAACAC